UCUUGGCUGGCACGACGAAGCCGGGUAAAGUGCCCGACAGUGAUCGUUAAUUAAUUUUCAUUAUCAUUAUUCCGAGAUUGCUCGGAAACUUUACUUUUCUGCAAAAUGGAUCCUCGUUGCCGUAUUUGCUUGGAACUCAUACCAGGUAAAUGGAUAUCCUUGAUUUCCCAGCAAGGACGCAUUUUAAAGAUGAUGGAAGUUUUAAUUGGAGAAAAGUUGGACUGUACGGAUGGGUUACCGGAGCACAUUUGUUCUAAAUGUUCAUCGCGCCUAGAUCAGACAUACGAACUUUGGCAACAAUAUAGUGCAUCAAACGCACAACAAAAAUUCUCCAUGGAACACGAGGAGAUAGACUUGCACUGUCGCAUAUGUUUAAAUGAGGAAGUCGAAGAAUUGUAUCCGCUAAACUGUAUCUGUGAUACGUGGAAGUUACCUAUCAUUGAUAUGUUGCGGUUCCUGGGGGAAGUCAGGGUUGAAACAGAAGAUUACCAACUGUCGUACAUCUGCGAUGUUUGUUUGAACCAUUUGGACGUAGGAUGUGGCUUGAAGCGACAGUGUCUGGAUUCUGAAGCAACUCUCCGCCAACAAACUGCUCGCGCUUGGGAGAAAAUGGAAGUUCGGAUGGACGAUUUGGCAGUGGAGCUGUACGCGGAAGCGAUUCUGCAUACCAUCAAACCUGGUAAAACAAUUGAGUUUGUUAGUUGCUCGAUUUGUCAGCUGCGUAUGCAGCCGCAUCAGUUUGUCAACAAGUGCGAUGGAUGUUUGCUUGUGUUUGAAAAUUUCGUUGAGAUAAUCGACGCAAUCGAUCGGGGCAAUCGGAAAAAGUUGAAGGCAAAGAACAAACCUAUUCAGGAGAAUGGCCAUGGCAGUCGGGAAAAGUUGAAGUCAAAGAGCAAACUAAUUUUUUGCAAAAAGCCAACCAAAAAGGUUGCUGCAGUUUCGUACGAUACCGACGCCGGAACUAACGAGGAUCAAGGCUUGACUUCAAAAGGUACGAAGUUUGUACCUUGCCAGAUGAAAACUCAAAUAGAUAAACUCUACGAACUGUUCGAUGUGGUUGAGAACAACCACAGUCUGUACCAGAAAGUUUGUCGUAAGGGUCCGAUUUGCUGUAGAUGCAAUAAGUUUUUCCUAACAGAAGAGGAUAUCAUUGAACAUCGACUAUAUUUCGCAUAGGCCUGCUAAGCCAAGACAAGUUUCGGCUUCACUUGU